UCAUUGGCGACCUAACCAAUUAGUACAAUGGAGAACACCUCCCUUCAAAAGAAGACCAGAAUCUUUGGGGUUUAAGCUUUCAACUCCUAAAUCUUAAACCCCUCGAAACUUUCAAAUAAAAUAGCACAAAACAAUGUCCCAAAUGACAAACCUCAGUAUCCGACUCCUAAUUAAUCAUUCUCCUCCAAUUUUCUCACCUCUUUUCUUCAAACCCAGAAAUUUUCAACCUUUUAAGCGUUUCUCUCUCUUCACAGUCUCCUCAUCUCUACCUAAUAAGCAAAUAAAGUUUUCCCCAUCUUCUGCAAAACCCCUCAAAUACAGAAAUAGGGGUAAAAGUUCUUUAUCAGAGAAGAAUAAAUCUGAAGAAGGUGCAAAAAUGGUGGAAACUGACUCUACUGGGUUUAAUAAGAGAAGAGCUGAGGGAAAAGAUAAGGAAAUUAAGCCUAAAAAUCUUCAACUUAAAGCUAGAAAACUUAAUCCUGUUAAUACUAUUUGUUAUGUUCAGAUUUUGGGAACUGGAAUGGAUACUCAAGAUACAUCUCCUUCUGUUUUGCUUUUCUUUGACAAGCAAAGGUUCAUAUUUAAUGCUGGAGAGGGUUUGCAGCGCUAUUGCACAGAGCACAAGAUUAAGUUGUCAAAGAUAGAUCACAUAUUUCUUUCUCGGGUCUGCUCAGAAACUGCCGGGGGGCUUCCAGGUCUGUUGUUGACUUUGGCUGGAAUUGGAGAAGAAGGACUGUGUGUCAACAUGUGGGGUCCCUCUGAUCUCAAGUAUUUGGUUGCGGCAAUGAAGGCUUUCAUUCCAAAUGCUGCCAUGGUCCACACUCGUAGCUUUGGGCCCUCGCAGCACCCAGAUGAAAUAGCUACUUUUGAUUUGACAAAAUUUUCAGAACCCAUUGACCUAAUCAACGAUGAAGUUGUUAAAAUAUCAGCCAUUCUCUUGCGACCAAAUGAAAAUACUGAGCCAACAUCUUGUGGUGCUAAUAGAGAAUCAGCAACACUUGCAAAAUUUGGAGAUCUUUCUGUUAUCUAUGUCUGCGAGUUACCUGAAAUUCAGGGGAAGUUUGAUCCUGAAAAAGCCAAGGCUCUUGGACUGAGAGCUGGCCCUAAGUAUCGAGAACUGCAGAAUGGAAAAUCAGUGCAAUCAGAUCAUCUUAAAAUUAUGGUACAUCCUAGUGACGUGAUGGAUCCUCCUAUUCCUGGACCUAUAGUACUUCUGGUUGAUUGUCCAACAGCAUCUCAUUUACAAAACCUAUUGUCUGUGGAUUCUCUCAAUAUAUACUACAAGGAUAUCUCUGGCAAUCCGUCAGAAAAGAACAGGGUAGUGAAUUGCGUAAUACAUUUAAGUCCAUCAUCUGUUACAAGUAGUCCCACUUACCAAAUAUGGAUGAAGAGAUUUGGUGAUACCCAGCACAUCAUGGCUGGACAUGAAUUGAAAAAUAUAGAAAUUCCAGUUCUAAAAUCAAGUGCUAGGAUUGCUGCAAGACUGAAUUAUCUUUGUCCUCGGUUCUUCCCUGCUCCUGGGUUUUGGUCUCUUGGUAGCAUAGACAAUGUAGCAUCAAGCUCAAAUUCUUCAUCUGAGGGGCCUCAAGCCACCAUCUCCGCUGAGAAUCUUCUGAAGUUCAAUUUGCGCCCAUAUGCAAACCUCGGUUUGGACAGAUCUUGUAUCCCAGCUUCUACUGGUCCUGCUCAAAUUAUAGAUGAGUUACGUGCUGAAAUUCCAGAAGUUGAUGAUGCUGUGCAGCAAGUUAGGCAGUUGUUGGAUUGUCCUAUGGAAGUUGAUGGAGAAAUGUCUUUACAGAAUAACAAAUCUGUUAUGGAAGAGCCAUGGUUUGAUGACCUUGGUCCACCUAGGUGUUUGCAUAAUAUAACUCGAGAAGAUCUAGAAAUUGUCCUCUUGGGUACUGGAUCAUCCCAGCCCUCUAAGUAUCGCAACGUGACCUCUAUCUACAUCAAUCUUUUCUCGAAAGGAGGCUUGCUUUUUGAUUGUGGUGAAGGCACAUUGGGUCAGCUGAAGAGAAGAUUUGGUAUAGAAGGUGCUGAUAAUGCUGUGAGAAGUUUGAGGUGUAUAUGGAUUUCUCAUAUUCACGCUGACCAUCAUACAGGUCUAGCCAGAAUUCUUGCUCUACGUCGUGAUUUAUUGAAAGGGACUCCUCAUGAACCUUUGUUAGUAGUGGGUCCGGGGCAACUCAUGCGGUUUCUGAAUGCAUACCAAAGACUUGAGGAGCUAGAUAUGCAGUAUUUAGAUUGCAGGCAUACGACUCAAGCCUCUUGGGAUUCUUUUGAAGGCUCUCUUGACUCUAAUAUGGAGUCAUCAUCUCUUACCAGUUCGGGAAGUAAUGUUGAUACUACACUCUUUGCUAAGGGAAGUCCUAUGCAGAGCUACUGGAAAAGACCCAGUAGCCCAGCUGGAAACGCUGCUUCUUUGGAAAGACUAAUCCUCUUGAAGAAAGUUCUGCAAGAUGCUGGGUUAGAUACUUUGAUUAGUUUUCCUGUUGUGCACUGCCCACAAGCUUUUGGCAUAGCCGUAAAGGCAGGUGAUAGAAUCAACAGUGAGGGUGAAGCAAUACCGGGGUGGAAGAUAGUGUACUCUGGGGACACAAGGCCUUGUCAAGAGUUGAUAGAAGCAUCUCGCGGCGCUACUGUGCUAAUACAUGAGGCAACCUUCGAGGAUGCCAUGGUGGAUGAGGCUGUGGCUAGAAACCAUAGCACAACAAAAGAAGCCAUAGAAGUGGGUGAAGCAGCUGGUGUAUAUCGCAUAGUUCUUACGCACUUCAGCCAACGAUACCCAAAGAUUCCCGUGUUUGAAGAUGUACACAUGCAUAAUACAUGUAUAGGGUUCGACAUGAUGAGCAUUAACAUGGCAGAUUUGUCUGUUCUUCCUAAAGUUCUUCCUCACCUCAAACUACUCUUCAGAAGUGAAAUCGGUAUUGAUGAAUCAGAUGAUCUUCUUCCUGAGGCAGUAAGUGCAGCUUCUUAGUCGUAUUCUUUUUUCUGACAAUUUUCUUGCUGACUGAUUGGAGGGAUAUCUUGGGGAAGAGAACAUAAACCUUUUUUAGUUUGCUAAUUUUACAAUGUCUGUUAGCUUGUAAAUUUUUCCAUUAACUGUACAGUUUAUAUUCGUUGUCAAGACUAGUAUAUGCAGAUAUGCUGUCAUUUCUCUGCUGGAUUUUAUAUUCCUCCUUCAUUGAUAGGCAGUGAAAUUAUAAAAUCAAAUACAAAUUGAUUGA